CCCCCCCACACAAAAUAAUUAAAAAGGACAUUUUUAUUCUCUCUGUGAUUCUCUUCAAGCCCAAGCCUUUAGGUUUGUUUUUUUAUUUGGGAGUCUCUAUGAGUCUCUGGAACCUAUUUGUCCCAUUAAUGUUCUUCGGUACACCUUUCUUCUCUUCUAUCUAAUAUUUCUGGGCAAUGAGCUUUUGCAAUGUAUAGUGUGGGGGUUGAGCUUUUCAUUGUUUAUACUUUUUGGAUAUGAUGUAAAUCACUUUCAAUCUCUUGAUGAUAUUGACAUGUUCGAUAUUUUUGUUUGAGGGUGUUGUACUCGGAUGUUUAGAAUGGAUCAAGAAAUAUGAGUCUCUCACACUUUGUCUUUCAGAACAAAGUCCUUACAUGAUCUCUAUAGCACCGGUUUUAUUUCUCAAGUACUUGUGAUUGUGGUGUCUCAAGUCUGGUACUGAUAUCAACAAUGAGAAGUUCCAAUGUUUGAAAUCUGUAUUGAUAAAGUCAAGUCAUUGCAAAAUGGGAUCGUUCACGGGUGCUUGUGAAAUUGUUGAGGAGAAGGAUGUGGUGAGGUUAGCCAAACAUUCUAACAGAGACAUGGAGCGUCCUGCUGCACUAAAGCAAGGUUCUAUGGAGUAUGACAUUGAUAAGCUUUUCCAGUCUAUAUCUAUAAAACCAUCACCAAGUAGAGUGAUGAUGGGCUCUUCUUCUUUCCAUCGUCUUGAGACGAGCUCAAGCGCUGGUCCGAGCAGAACCACGAGCCCUUCGAAGAAAAGUGCUAUGAAAAUGCCCUUUCCCAUUGGAACCCCUCGAUCACCAAGAGUUGGUCCCUCAGAUUCAAUCUCACUGAAGCAGGCACUGAGAGAUCUUUGCAUCUCAAAGGCAUCAGAGAUGGCUGCUCAGAAACGGUUAUCAAAAUCCGCAGCUGCAUCUCCGAGGGUCUCUGAAGCAGACAGGAUAAAGAGUCUCUACAGGCAAGUCUUGAAUGAAUCUGCAGGCAGGUCUGGUCUUCUUGUGGACAAGGGUAAGAGCUUGGUUGAAAUAUCUUUGACGCCUGUAGACGAUAUACCCAGCUCUUCUCAGAGUGUGCCUCAACGGUUUGAUACCAUUGAGACAGAGCCUUCUAACUCCAUCUCUGAACCAUCUCAGGCUGAGUUCCUUCUCCGUGUAAAUGGAAACAGUUCGGGAUUAAAGGCAGUGGGAUAUCAAAUGCUUCAUAAAUCCAACACAUCUGGAUCUUCUCUCAGUUCUGGUAGUGGAGAUUUUGAGAUAGAGAUAGAUGAAAACGCUACAACUUCUCCUCCUGUGGUUAUUGAAGAUGUUUCGGAAGAGAUAGACAAUCAUGUUACCUCGCCGCCUUCGUGUUCUGGCAGCAAAGUUGAUGCUGAAGAGGAGCUAGACAAGAGCAUCGUCUCAUCAGCUCUGGACUCAGGGCUAGAAGGAAACUUGGAUCAGGGAACUAGUUCAGGAUCAGAGAACAGAAAAUUGGUACUAACAAGAAACAUCCCACGUCCCAAACCGCGGCCAAAAAGGAAGAUUUUGCUUAAAAAGAAGUUAAGAAUCGUUGUUGCCUCUGCUACAAAAAUAGUCGAGAAAGCUGAUGUUCCCUUAGAGCCUAGUGCGAGUCAACUUCUGUGCCAGAAAUGCCAUUGUGCGGUAAAGAGCACCAGCACUGAAAACAAUCCUCCAACAAAUGCAAGUCAUAGCACUGAGAAAUGCUCAGACGGUGUGAGCUCUCUCUCUAAAAACGCCUCUCCAAGCGAUUACAGUGGCAAAGGUGUUGCGGAUGAACAGAAAAGAGGGAAUCCAACUUCCAACGAAAAGUUUGAAUUCUCUUUGAGCUCAAAGGAUAGCAUAGGGGAAUACAGCAGCAGCACAAGCAUGAGUGAGGAGAGCAACCUGAGCAGGUUUAGCUGCGGCAAUAAACCUCACAUGUCGAUGGAUGUGCGAUGGGAAGCAAUUAAGCAUGUUAAGUUGCAGUCUGGCUCUUUAGGACUCAGACAUUUCAACCUUCUGAAAAAGCUUGGCUGUGGAGAUAUAGGAACGGUUUAUCUUGCUGAGCUGGUUGGUACGAACUGCGUCUUUGCCAUAAAGGUCAUGGACAACGAGUUCUUGGCUCGAAGGAAAAAGACACCAAGGGCACAGGCGGAACGAGUAAUCCUUAAGAUGCUGGACCAUCCUUUUCUGCCUACCUUGUAUGCUCAGUUCACUUCAGAUAACUUGUCGUGUCUGGUAAUGGAGUAUUGUCCCGGUGGUGAUCUCCAUGUCCUGAGGCAAAAACAGCUCAGUAGGUGUUUCCCUGAACCUGCAGCUAGGUUCUACGUAGCAGAAGUCCUCCUUGCGCUUGAGUAUUUACACAUGCUUGGUGUUAUAUACCGUGAUUUGAAGCCAGAGAACAUUCUGGUCCGAGAAGAUGGUCACAUCAUGCUUACAGAUUUCGACCUCUCACUCAGAUGUGCGGUAAACCCAACUCUUCUCAGAUCAAGUUCACCACCCGGGAAAGAUCCGGCAAGGAUGUCGGGUCCAUACUACAACACAUCAAACUGCAUACAACCUCUAUGCAUAGAACCAUCUUGUCGGGUCUCAUGUUUCAGCCCUAGGCUCUCAUCAACUCAAGCAAGAAACCCAAAGCCAAGAAAACCGAAAAGGCCUGAUCUUUUGACACAACAGCAGUUCAGAUCACUGCCUCAGCUUGUAGCUGAACCAACGGAAGCAAGGUCGAAUUCGUUCGUGGGAACGCACGAGUACUUGGCCCCGGAGAUCAUUAAAGGAGAAGGACACGGUGCUGCAGUGGACUGGUGGACGUUCGGUGUCCUUCUCUAUGAGCUCUUAUACGGGAAGACACCUUUCAAAGGCUACGACAAUGAGGAGACGUUGUCCAACGUCGUGUUUCAGAGCCUCAAGUUUCCUGAUAGCCCGCUUGUGAGCUUCCAGGCAAAGGAUUUGAUCAGAAGGUUGCUGGUGAAGGAUCCAGAGAGCCGUCUCGGGACAGAGCAAGGAGCUGCAGAGAUUAAGAGGCAUCACUUCUUUGAAGGAUUGAAUUGGGCUCUUAUCCGCUGCGCCAUACCGCCUGAGCUUCCGGAUAUCUAUGAGAGUGGUGCAACGGAAGCAACUUCUCCUCUGGGAAAUAGUAAUAAUGGGUAUCUUGAAUGUAAAGCCAUCGGAGAUCAUCUUGAGUUCGAGUUGUUUUAGGUCUAAUGUUGUAAUCCAUUUCCAGGUCCCCUUUGAACUUUGAAAAGGUUGAAAGCAAAAGCCCAAACAAGAAAGAAAAGCAUACAGUUGAAUAGCAAAAACUCAGGACUCAAAAAGUAAGCUAACCGAUGAAGAAGAUGACGAGAACGAACAAGAAGAUAAGAAGGCAUGAGUUUUGUUAAAAUACCAAAUUCUUUGGCAGCAAAACAAAACCUAACGACUCUUUGGUAAUUUAAGUCUCUCUUGUGGAGCAUAACAUGAUCAACUUGAUAGGAUGCUAUGGGAGACCACAUGGCAGAGGAAGAGAAGACACGUAAGAAUUAGAAGAGAAGCUUUAGUAUAAAUAAGAAGUGUGCGUUUGUUAUUCACGUUUUAUGCAAUUAGAAAGGAAAUGAUUGUAUCACAGGGAAAGGAAACGGAAACAAUCUGAGAGGAACGAGGUCUCAAGAGUGUGGGAUUCCUUGGGACUCAAGAUCGAUGGAGACCUCAAGCAACGAGCAUGUUUGAAGAGGAAACUCAAGAAAUCUCUCUCUUCUGGUCUUCCCAUGUACCAUUUCAUUCUGAAAGUUUCAAGACUUUUCAACAAACACUCAGGGAUCGAACUCUGUUCAUAGCUCCAGCUAAUCGUCUCACUGGCGGUACAAUAUCCCUGAGAGUAAAAGAAAGAAAGACAAGUAUAGUAAGAUUACACGCUUUUUAAACCGGAAAAAGAAUCUUGGAAGAAACUUACAUGGACCGAGAGAUUGAGCUUUCUAUGAUCGGAGCUCUAUGUAAAGGCAGUUUCUUGUGAAUGAAAUCUCGAUACCUCUGUAAUUUAGACACUAGACGAUUUGGAAGAUCGACAUGAUUAAAGUACAUGUGCACUGAACGAUUGUUGUCGCGACUUAGGUUUUUGUAAUGAAUGUACUCGAGCUUAGGCACCCACAUCCAAAAAUGCUCCCAUCGCUUACACAGAGCGCUAGUGGAUACAGCAACUUUCGUCGGAGCAAACGAUAGUAUCUUAGUCACCAAUUCAUCAGGCAACUCACUGAUCCUGUCCAUGUCUUGCAACUGUUUCGAACAAAACAACAAUUGGAUUUUGUCUUUACCUACUUUUUCCGAC